GUUUACGCAUCAUUAUUUCAUAAAAAUUUAAUAAAUAUUCCUCCAAACUCAAAUAAUAUUUUAAUUCCAGAUAAUACCACUAUGAGACAAACAGUUUCUCCAAACUCAAAACCCAAUUUGUUAUUAUUAUUUCUCUAUUAUUAAUACUAUAUAAUAUUAUCAACUAUAGAUUAAUGAUACCCACUAGAACCGUUGUAACCUACGACCCAUAAUAAUGUACCAUCUCCUUAUCAUUAUCACUACACUCUCCUUCUCUUCAAUUAACAUAACCUUCGCCGUCGAUGAAGCUUUCCCUUCAAUUCCCACUACCUUCAGCGUCGCAACGAAACAACACUACGACGUAAAACCAAUCCACCAUGAAGUUUAUGACGGAGAAAGGAAGAUAUACGACAUCAGCCACCAGUACACGCCGGAGUUGCCGGUUUGGGAGUCUUCAGAAGGACUAGGGAACUUUCUUAGACUUGCCGUGAGUAUGAAGAAUGGAUCCGAUGCUAAUAUCUCGAAGAUGGAACUAUCUGUUCACUCUGGAACUCAUGUUGAUGCACCAGGCCAUUUCCAUGACCAUUAUUAUGAGUCUGGUUUUGAUACUGAUUCACUUGAUCUUCAAAUCCUUAAUGGUCCUGCUUUAUUGGUUGAUGUUCCAAGAGAUAAGAACAUUUCAGCUGAGGUUAUGAAAUCACUACAUAUUCCAAGAGGGAUCCGUCGUGUUCUCUUUAAAACAUUGAACACUGAUAGGAGGCUUAUGUUUAAGAAAGAAUUUGAUUCAAGCUUUGUCGGGUUUAUGGUCGAUGGGGCGAAAUGGUUGGUUGAAAAUACAGACAUCAAACUUGUUGGGCUUGAUUAUCUUUCAUUUGCUGCUUAUGAUGAAGCACCUGCGACGCAUAGGUUUAUACUUGAACGACGGGAUAUAAUCCCUGUCGAAGCGCUGAAGCUGGAUGACGUGGAGGUAGGAAUGUACACGCUUCAUUGCUUACCGUUAAGAUUGGUUGGAGCGGAAGGAGCACCAACGAGAUGCAUUCUCAUCAAGUGAUUCAGUUCAUCUUUUUCUAUCUAAGUUGUAUAUGAAUUACUGAUAAUAAACAAUAGGCUUUUUGGCUUCUUGCUUCCAAGAUCUCAUAACCAUAUCGAAGAUGUUAACAUAUGGGAUGAUUUUGUUGUAAAAGAAGCGUCUAAUCUUAUUAUAUAAAGUAUGGUUUUCAAAAUUAGUAACUAAUAGGAUUGUGGCACAUGCCAAUUUUAUCGAUCUUAGAUUUUGACACGUGUAAAAUAAAUUUUAUUUUUUUAAUUUUAAGACUAUAAAAAGAUAAUUGUAAGAAAUUAUAGCUUUAGAAAUAAGUAUAAGGA